UUCAGGCUGAACCAAACAUGAUUGCAAACAGAGUGCUGUUGUCCAAACAAACACUGGCUGUUCUUACUCAACAGACAGCGUUUGUCCAUCACGGCAACCAAGGCCAUUGGGGGAAUGCCAAUAUCGCUGUGGUGUUGUCGGGAUGUGGCCGGUGGGACGGGACCGACGUCCACGAGGGUGUCUACACAAUGUACCACCUGAGUCGCAACGGGGCUCGCUUCCAGGUGUUUGCUCUCAAUCAACAGCAGACUCAAGUGUUGGAUCAUUUGAAGAAGCAGCCUGUCUCUGGAGACAACCGGAAUGUGAUGGUGGAGUCUGCCCGCUUCGGUCAUAAUGAAGGAAUGACACAAAUGCAGGAUCUGGCCAAGCUGGACGUUAAUGCCUUUGAUGCUGUUAUCUUUCCUGGAGGUCACGGAGUCAUCAAGAACCUGUCCUCUUUUGUGAAGGAUGGUAAAGACUGCCAGCUGCACCCUGAUGUCGAGAGAGUGCUCAAAGAUUUCCAUCGCUUACGUAAACCCAUCGGUCUGUCCAGCACAUCUCCUGUGCUGGCGUGCCGUGUGCUGCCUGGCCUGGAGGUGACUCUGGGCUAUGAACGUGACGACAAAAGCCUCUGGGGCAAGUGGCCUCACACAAAUCUGGUCCAGGUUGUUAAAAGCAUGGGUGCCCGUCACUUUGUCCGUGAGCCAUAUAUAUCCUUCCAAAAAGCCAUGACAUAGUAGUUCAUCCAAUCAAAUCUUGAUGUAAGUUUUGCUUUCUGUUGUUGUGACCUUGACAUUUUCUUGCACGAAGCCCAUGUGGAUGAGAAGAACAAAGUGGUUAGCACGCCAUCCUUCAUGUGGGAGACGGAGCUUCACUAUCACUAUGUAUUUGACGGCAUCGGAAAUAUGGUCAAGCAUGUAAUGCGCAUGUCAAUCUAGCAAUAUCCCAUUUAUGACAGUGGGAGAUAGUGUUGAUCUGAGGACAGAGAAAAUGUCCUGUAUAAGUCCUUUUGACUGACAUUGUCAAAGAUGUCAUGCCACUGUCAUGUAGGAAGUAAGUACCGUAAAUUUCGGACUAUAAGACGCAUCUGAUUAUACGACUUCCACCACCAAAUUUGACACGAAAACAGCAUCGAUAAGCCGCAGCGGACUAUAAGCCGCAGCUGUCCACACUGUAUUAUGUGAUAUUUACACCAAAAGAUAUUAACCCGUAAAAUUUUGUGACAGCGGCAUCAUAAGACUGUCAUAACACCAAAUGAACCACCAUGAAGCUUUAAAUUGGCUGCAAAGCUUCAUGGCUUCAAGAAGCUUCAUUUGGCCAACACUGCUCCCUUGGGGGAGACAGUUAACUUCUGCUGCCACCUGCUCUGGACACUGUUGUCGUCCAACAUUCCUCCUAGCAUGCACUGCAACGCUACAGUAAAUAAUGGAUGUCAUUUUGUGUCAUCCGUCAAAUUAUCUCACUUUUGAAUGGAUGUAAAAGAUCCGAGCUGAACGUAAAUGGAGUUAGUGACAUAAUUGGCCGGAUGACAUCUGUCAUAAGCAUUCAUUAAUGCCCAUGAUAGUGUCGUGUCAUAGUUAUGACAGUCUAAUGGCAGUCUUAUGACACCACUAUCAAAUAGAGUGUUACCUAAUAACCCAAAUAAAUCAACAAAUAAGCCACACUGGAUAUAAGCCGCAGGAUUAAAAAUGAGGGGAAAAAAGUAGAGGUUUAUAGUCCGAAAAUUACGGUAACCAACUCUUGUGUUAGAUUUCACAUUUUGAGUAAAAGCUUUAGUCAUAGCAGAUGGUCUGUUGUCUUUAUGUGCCAGGUGUGUAAUAGAUACAAGGUUAAAGGUCAUUUACAGUAAAUCACAAAAGUGAGUACACCCCUCGCAUUUCUGCAGAUAUUUAAGUAUAUCUUGUCAUGGGACAACACUGACAAAAUGACUUUGACAGAAUGAAAAGUGUGUGCACCUUAUAUAAUAAUUUAUUUUCCCCUCAAAAUAACUCAAAAUAUAGCCAUUAAUAUCUAAACCCUUGGCAACAAAAGUGAGUACACCGCAUGGAAACUACGUACGGUACAUCCCUAAAUGUCCAAAUUGAGUACUGCUUGUCAUUUUCCCUCCAAAAUGACAUGUAACUUGUUACAGGAGUGCUGUUAGCAUUGGGAAUAUAUAUAUAAUUAUUAUAUGCGUUAUAGUUACUUAUACAUAUUAUUACUGAUAUAUUGGUGUUAUCACUGCAACUAUUAUUGUUAUUAUCUGUGUAAUCAUUAUGAUUAGUAGAGUUGUCGUAUAAGUGUUUUGUUGUCUUCAUUGAUGUCAUAACUGUUAUCAUGGCUGUUAUUGCAUCGUUGUCAUUAUUGUUGUGGCCAUAAAUGUCAUUUUCAUCGUUGGUGUUGUCACUAUUGCUCUAAUCAAACUGAGUCCAUAUUUUAUUUUUAUGAACAAGUCUUUGAGUAAAAUAGAAUGCCGGUGCUGAUGGUGAUAGUUAAAUGGUUAUACAUAUCUAUAUAGAUGAACUAGUACGCAAGCAUGUUUAUAUGUCUACACAUUCAAUAUACGUAACUUGAAAUAUAGGGCUGGCAAGUGGGAGCUCUGAUGCAAGAGGUUGUUAACCUUUUGGCUCAGGUUCCCAAAUCUCGUCUUUUAAUGCACAACUAGGACACGUAUGAAUGAGUGGUCCUGUUGCCUGGGGGUUGUUUCCCUAAGGCAGCAGAUCCACAAAUAAUUGGAUAAUGAAUAAUACACAUUUUAACACAUCACAUUUUAACUAGGGUUGCUCCGAUCAUGUUUUUUUGCUCCCGAUCCGAUCGUUUUAGUUUGAGUAUCUGCCGAUCCCGAUAUUUUCCGAUCCGAUUGCUUUUUUUUUUUGCUCCCGAUUCAAUUCCAAUCAUUCCCGAUCAUAUACAUUUUGGCAAUGCAUUAAGAAAAAAAUGAAUAAAACUCGGACGAAUAUAUACAUUCAACAUACAGUACAUAAGUAUUGUAUUUGUUUAUUAUGACAAUAA